UUUCUAAAAGUAUUCACAGUAUGCUAGCACCUGAAAUGGUGGCAAAUUUUCAUCAAUUCGGAAACUCUGAUAACGAGGUCCUGGGUUCGAAUCCUAGCCUUCCUAUCAACGAGCAAGUCUCUUCCAACAUUUCAUGGGUAAAAAGAGAUUUCAGUAGCGAUGACGACAGUCAAAACUCGUAUGUGACGUCAAGAGUUAUGACGCAAUCUGGUAUGACGUCGCCGGUACGUCAUAAACAAGAACUUUCGUUAGUGAGCUCAAACAAUGACGUUUUCGCAACGAACUUGUGCUGUUCUACGAAUAUUUCACCCCCUGUCGAAUUUGACGUAAAAGAUAUGACGUCAUUUGGUGAUUCGCUGCAGCUAAAACAUGAUGACGUAAUCAAAGAUGUCUGUCAUGGAUGCAAUAAUUUGAUAACGGACCGGUAUGUGCAUCAGAUCUCUGGCCGACCUUACCACGAAGAAUGCUCAGUGUGCUUCAGCUGCAGACAGCCUCUUACGUCAUCGUGUUACGUCAGAGAUGGAAAAUUAUUUUGCAAAGAAGAUUAUCUGAGGGUUCGCAGGAUAUGCACAGGAUGCAAGACACAAAUUGAAGAUGGCGAGAUGGUGAUGCGAAUUAUUUCGUCAUGCGAAGUGUAUCACGUGACUUGCUUCAAAUGUACAAAAUGUAACGCUCAUUUGAAGAAAGGAGACAAAUACAUUGUGACAAGUGAAUGUAACAACAACAGUCCAAGCGGCAUCACGUGUCAAAAAUGCUGGGAAGGUCAUAAUGAUGUCACAGAUGUAAAUGAUGUCGUAGACAAUGCUAAAUUUCUGACGUCACAAUUCACCGACACUUCGAACGCAUUACCGAUCUCUAUGACGUCACAAGAAGAUUUAGCCGCGACUUUGAAAACUUCAACAAGUUCCUACAUGCCCAAUAUUUCCAACAACACAACCCUCUCUACGUCAUCCAGCAAUUGUGACGUAAUUGACUUGAUGACGUCACCAAGAUCUCACCAAUCAUCGGUGAUGUCACCGAAAUCGGAUGAUAUGGGCGAUGACGAUUCUGAUGACGACGACAAAGAAAUGACGUCACAGAAUAUUGAUAAAGACGAUAAAGACGACGAUGAUUGUGGUGACAAAAGAGCGAAACGUCCCAGAACCAUCCUGAAUGCGGUUCAACGAAGAGCUUUCAAGGCAGCGUUUGAAAUGUCACCGAAGCCGUGUAGAAAGGUUCGCGAAGCCCUCGCUUCAGAGACGGGACUCACAGUUCGAGUUGUGCAAGUGUGGUUCCAAAACCAGCGAGCAAAGAUGAAAAAAUUGGCGAAAAGACAGCAAAGCAGGGAACACGCUAUGGCUAUGAAAGUCAGGGAACAGUUCGGUUACCACGGUUUUGACCCGAUGACGUCACUUCCUCAUCCGAUGUUUCCUCAGCCGGACGUUAUGAUGGAUCCUGGAUACGGUCAAUUUCCACAUCAUCCUCCCCCACCGCACGAUGUCGCUAUGUGGGAACGAAUGCAUGGACAAGCACCACCGUUCCACCCAGUUAUCGGUUACCCGGAAAACGUCGGAUUUCAACGAUCUGACCCCAUGACCUCUGCGAACGAGCUUCCCCAUCCACUUCCGAGUUCAAACUUCGGAGAAUUUCAGCCUUACCCAGGCCAACCUAUGAUUGGAGAACAACCUAUCAAUCAUACUUUUCCACCCAAUCAGCAAGCUCCUAUGGUCGACGCCCACAUGGCUCCACCCAUGAGAAACGAUGACAUGGCAACGCCCAUUGACGGACUCUAUUCAAUGCAAAAUAACUAUUUCACAUCAUGACCAGGACACUAUUAACAAAAAUCAGAAAUUUAAAAGCAAUUCUCUGUCCUUCCUAUUUAAUUCAAAUGUUCUCAUAACGCUAAUUUGCAGAAUAAUCAUAUUAGAGUUUUCAACAUUGCCUCUCUAGGUUCUCUUCAGCGGUAUCCAACCGGUAGACCGUGGUCCCCCAAAGUGGCCACGAAGCGGUCGGAGGGAGACCACAAUGCUAGCAAAGCAUAUUAUAUUUCACCCUUUACGAGAGAAUUCACUGUUCUUUCCAGUUUCAUUGUUUGAUGAGGAUAUUUCAAGGGCAUUUUUAAUUUGUUGAACAUAGAUUGUCCCCCCCCCCCCAUUUUGAAAGCAUUUUUCUGUAUCAUAAAUAGAAAUUUUUUGUGUCUUGAAACGUUCUUGACCCCAAAACUCUUGAAAACUCACGCUCUCCGCUAGAUGUCACAGUCUAACUUGGCAAUCAGAAAUUUCAAUCCCAAGCCCCUAGAAUUCCCGUCUACGUCACUGUCACUACGUAGUAUCAGUAUCUGCUUUCGUUCAAAGUUGUCUUCCGUUUUUGAACAAGGCCUGGAACAGGAUACCUUCGUUCGACAUGGGUUAGAAUUUAGUCCGAUAUUUCUUUCUCGCUCACCAAGCAAUGUUGGAGGUGACUCGUACGGGGGUUGAACUCAAGUCUACCUUUCAGUUAUGUCCAACGUAUUUCCCAAUAUGACAUCGCAACAUAAAAACGAAUUUUUUUUCCCAUUCUGUUUAUAAAUCAUUUAUACUAGAGGUGCUUAUUAAACCUUUUCAUAAAGCCGUUUUGCUCUAGUAAUGGCAAAAAACAUUUCAUCUGCCCCUUCCCCCCCUCCUCAACGAAUUGCUCAAAUUGUGCAGUUAUAUGCAACUAUCACUAUAUUUAUUGUUAUUUAUUACAUCAUUAUGGUAAAUAUUUCAUCCAUUGUUUUUUGUGACGUCAUAGUGUUAAAUAAAUCAUACAUGUCAUCC